AUGGCAGCCUCAUCCCAGGUGCUUGAGACUAUGGCCUCGCAGCUCUCCGCAGUAGCUGCUGGCCUUGAAGCAUUGAGAGUGCAAGGAGCAGAGCAAAGCGCAGCCAACGACAAGAAUGCUGAGGUGAUCGCCGCGAUGCAGCAACGCAUCUCACAGCAUGAUGCAUUGCUCACAGGAGAUGGCCCGUCGGUGCUGUCGACUGCGGCACCAGUGGCUCGCCCUCAAGACUGGGAGGUGCAGCUACCCCAAGGAGCGGCUUCCUCACAGCCGGUGUCCCGUGAGGAGUGUGCCGCCAUGAUCACGGAGGCGUUGCAGCAGAAGAUCAACACCUUGGAGCACGAGGUCAGGAUGUUGAAGAUUCGCACGGCAUGGACCGAAAAAGACCUCAUGUACUCACAGAUUGAGGCAGCCAAGAGGACGCUGGUGGUGAGGAACUUCCCAGAUUGGGCAACAGCUGCCGACCGGGAGCUCACAGUGGCAGAGGCUCUCAAGGAAAAUGGUUUCGCCUACUUGGAGUGGGACCUGACCACCACCACCAUGGAGGGCAACGACGGCAAGAAGUUUCUAGCCCCAAUCUCCAUCCUCACAGUCCCGACCUACGCCGCCAGGAACAAGGUCAUGGACACUUGCUCACGGGCUGUGGUUCGCUACUGGCAUGAGAUAAAGGAGGGAGAGGAGAAGCCCAAGGAAGCCGCGCAGCCGCAGGGGGACUCACAGACCUCACAGAAGGCCCCACUGAAGAAGUGGGAGAUGAGAACUUGGAACUGGAACCUCCCGAUCAAAAUGGCGCCAGGCAUCACCCAGUUCGAAAGAAGGUUGGGAGCCCCAAUGCAUGGGUUGAUGAAUGCCUACCAGAAGCUGUUUGCUGGCUUCAAGAAGGAGACCCUCACACCUCGCUGGAAGACCCUUAUCUUGAAAAAUAAGGAAGGCGCAUGGUUGGGUCGUAUCCUUUACAGCCGCAAAGCUCACAGCCUCACAGGCACGGCGGGCACGGUCGCCGAUUGGGCUUGUGAAGUUCAGCUCCCGGCCGAGCACAAGGACCGCAUCCUCACAACCUGGAGGGAUGUCUGGUAUGAUCAGCUCAAGCAGCAGAUCUCACAGACGGAAGUGGAGAAAGCAGCUUACUCCACAGCGGCCCAGCGAACCUCACAGGAAUACUCCGCGGCAGCCAGGCUCAACAGGUUCUUGACCAAAGCGGUGCCGGCCUACACGGAGGGCGAGGAACAGGGCAUCGAGAACUGGGACCACCCAGACCGCCAGUUCUUCCAGGACCUUCGGCCGGUCGAGGAGCUUAUGGCGGAGAUGGCGGCAGACCAGGCUAUGGAGAGGGAGGUUGCAGCCGGCGAGUCCUUGAUCACCUUUGCCUCCCAGGGCCUCUCACAGGGCCAAAAGAGGCAGCACUCAGAAGGCACGGAGGGCACCUUCGACAGCAUGGAGCCGAGCGGCGAGCCCGACAACACAAAGGAGCCCUACUACCCGUUCGACUCACAGGACCAGCUCGACCAAGAAGUGGAGAAUGAGAAGAUCACCCAGAUCAACCUGGGCUAUGACAUCUCAAAGUACUCCACCGAGCAGUGGGUGGAUUGGGUCAAGGGCAAAAAGUUGAAGCACUUGGGCGCACAGGAGCCCGAUCUUCCAGCACAGAGUGCUUUUUCAAAGGACCUCUCGCACAGGAGGAAGAAAGGCUCUCCCCUGUGCCAGUCACUCCGCGUCGACGUUGACCGGGUGCUCGCCACUUACUGGCGCGGCCGCGAAGGCUACCGCAUCUCCGCCAAGGAGGAGCGGCGGCUGGAUCGCGGCGCGCUCCAGGGCACGAAACCCUCCACGUAUGGCGAGCUGACUGCAGCGGGUGUUAGGCUUCUGGCCGAGCGCUGGGGGUUGGACGAUGCGGAAGGCGUGCCUGGCAUCUUUGCAGACCUUGGCUGCGGGGUUGGGAAGAUGGUGGUGCAGGUCUAUCUGGAAUGCCCCGGGGUGGGCUGUGCACUGGGCGUAGAGCUGUCGGCCACGCGCUGCCGGAGAGCGCGGGAGGCUUGGGAGGCACUGCUCCUCAGUGACGAGGCGUUCGAGCUCCGCCAGCGGCUGCUGAAAGCAUCGGGGUGCGAGGAGGAGGCCAGCCCUGAGGACGAGGUGGAGUUUGUUCAAGGCGAUCUGUUGGAUGCAGACAUCAGCCAUGUCACGCAUGUCUACCUCUCCUCGCUCUGCUUCGACGAAGCCACUCUUUUCGCAUCCGCCCAGAAGUUGCAGCAGGAGGGGCGCCAGCUCCGAGGCGUCGCCUCGCUGCAGCCCUUGCCUUUGCUAAGAAAAGUGGGGGAGUUGCUGCUGCCCAUGUCAUGGACAUCUGGCAGAGGUUUGGGCACCAUGGCCUACCUCUACGAAACCUAG